GAGGAGGAGGAGGAGAGGGAGGAGGUGCACAGAGCUGUAUUUUGGGAAGUCAGAGAAAAGCUGAGAGUGGCAGAAGAAAGUUGACACUGUGUGAGAUGCUCUGCGGCCGCAACAAGGAUUAAUGAGAGAGCUGCUCCCCGUGUGAGGAGGAGCAGAGAGCCAGGGGGUGGUGGGGGGGGCAGGAUGCGCGUGGAGCUGCGGUGCAGUGGGAAGGGGAGCGUGCGCGUUACCGCUGCCAGGCUGCACAGGUGAAGCUGGGGCAUCUUCACGCAUCCGCACAGCUCGAAACCGAGGGGAAGCCCGCAGGUUGGGUUUCCUCACCUCUACCAGGGAUACGUGCGAUCCGCUCAUCACACAAUUACGCACGCACUGCACACGCCCGCGCCGAAUUCCAGCAAAGCACCGCGCCAGCAGUGCGUAAAAGCGAUCCGUGCUGUGGAGGGUUAAAACUGGGGUUGUGGAUUUCCCCCCGUUUCUCCUCGGAGGAGUCGUUCCGAGGACAGGACAGGACGAGGAAGAGGAGGAGAGGAGCAGAGUUUCCGAUUUUAAGACUCCAUCGUCCUCAUCGGAGGAAAGUGGACCGCGAGCCACCCAACUGCUGCCGUGUCCUGAAUGAAACCCUCUUAAGGUGGAUGGGGGGGCAUUAAAAUUACAUGUCCCAGAGGACCCGCUGCUGCACCAGGCAGCAAACCCACCGGCCGUAAAUCAAGACCAGGCCACUUUGAUUUCUGCAUUAUCGCUUCCUGCCGCAGCAUCGGAGGAGCAGGCAUGUUUGCGGGCACGCUGACCUGCAGGCGUGCGCCAUAGGAUUCUAUUUCUGGAGCCUCGUUGCUUUUGCAGAUUAACUGCCCUCAAAUAUGGCCCCAAUCCGAUCACUGCGCCACUAGUUCCACUGCUGCUGGAGGUUGUGCAUAUUCAAGCUUCAAACCCCCCCCCCACACUGUGCAUCAGUCCAGUCAUCUGAAGUCCCCGAAGCCUUCGGUCUGUUUUUGAAAGCAGUGGCAGUGCAGUUUUCUUUUCAGUCUCACGAAAGGAAACAAACAAAAAAGAAUUAUAUGUCAUGACAGCUUGAAGUUUUUCUCCUUAUAGUUGUUGUCAUUGCUCAUUUCCAUCUGGAACCGUUGAAGGGGAAAGAUUGACAUCAGAAACUUUCACAAUAAGACUGGGUCACUGGUGAGAUGAAGACAUUUUCCACGAGUUCCUGAGGGCGGUCGCACCGAAAUCCCCGUGCCCGGUGUUUUCAUUAGCCUGUCGGGGGCUAAUCAGGGUCCUCUAUCAUCAGAAUUGACAUUUCCAUAUUGUAUGAGAGAGAAAGUAGCCGACAUUAGCAUAUUCAUGAACACUAACACUCUCAAUCAUGUGAAAUAGAAGACAAGGGGCAAACCCGGAGCCGUCAAGCCAUGAAACAAAUAGUUUGUGACAUGUGAGGAGAAGAGAUUCUUUAAUCCAGCAGCACAACUUCACAUCUGACGGCACACAGGGGCAGGCCACCGGCACAUCGAGGACAUUUCCCUCCGUCAUAAACCUGCCGUGUGUUGUAGGCCUCUGGACUAAGGCCUACGAUAAGACAAAAAUUAAAGAAUAGGAUUAAAGAUGGAUUACCAGUGAAACACUAAAACCAGCAAAGCAGCUGCCUUUGCGUAAGCCCAUCGAACGCUCUUCAGGGAGACCGAUUUGCAGAUUACAUUUGGUUGUUGAUGUGGUGGCCUCUUGUGUGGUCGGUAUUAAAAGAGAGGGAUGGAAAAUCUGGAUGAGCUGGAGCACCCUCUUCUGGGAGAAAACACCAACAACAGCCGGGCAUCAGCGCCGGGGCUGGGGCCUGGGACUGGACAGGCCCCUGGUGCCCUGUUCAAGGGCAUCUUGGUAAAGUGCGAGGAGGACCGGGCCUACCCGCCCUUAGCGUGGAGGAGCUACUGCGGACAUCCUCCUGAGCGUCAGCAGCAGCAGCUACUGGACCCUUGCUCGUUACCUCGCACACUGGAGUCUUUUUACCCACCGGCCCCCAUCUGGGGCCACACAGACUCCCUGCUCAGCAAAGACUACCUGGAGACCACGUUCGUGGACAUUCGGCCGGGCUCCACGCUGGAGAGGAAGCUGCUGGCCGAGGCGCAGGACUACCACAGCGCGUCCUACAGCAUGGAUGACGAGGACGACCUGCUUCCUGACUCCGACGACUCAUCCAUUGACGACUUCAGUGAUACGGACAGCGAGAGCAACUUCCCUCUGAUGAUCCCUCAGGACUACCUGGGUCUGGCCUUUUUCUCCAUGCUCUGCUGCUUCUGGCCCCUGGGCAUCGCUGCCUUCUACCUUUCACAGAAGACCAACAAGGCAUCGGCUCAGGGGGAUUUCCAGGGGGCCAACGCCGCGUCACGCCAGGCUCUGUGGCUCUCGGUGCUCUCCAUCGUGUUCGGCAUCAUAACGUACAUCUGUGCCAUCGCCGCGCUGAUUUCCUACCUGUCCGGAAAGCCGCCGUAAAAGCAGCUCCCGCACCAGGAUACGCCUCCCACACCUUUAAUGAAUAUCACCACACGUCACCUGUAAAAUAAUCUGAGUCUGUGUCUGUCAACCCCGUCUGCAGUCAUGUUUUAUCCACACAGAGCUGGAGUGUAGAUCAUCAUCACGUCUAAUGGGGUCAGGACAUAAGCUCAGAGGACGUUCCUUGCAUGUGAAGAAUAAUCACUGACCUUUACUCAGUAUCACUCCAUGUAGAAGAAUUCAGUCUGUAACUGUUGUUUAUUUUGUCACCCAAUGUCUUAAGUUACCAUACCUUUAAAUGUGUGCUGUAGUCGUCGUCCUACGUUGAGCAGAUGUCAACACAACACUACUUGAUAUCAGAGUCACAAAACAAUGGAUUCCUAAAUGAGGGGCAGAGGGAGAAACCAGGGGGACAACCGGCCCGAGAAGAGCUGAGUGGAGGACAGUGUGCGGCGAUGGAGUCCACAGAUUUUAUGAGAAGGUCGCAGCAAGGACGAGGAAGCGGCUAAAUCCUGGUGGACCUGAGCCAGCACUGUCGCUCGCAGGGGGAGAAGCUGGUGCCGUUGGCUGGCGUCAUUUUUAAAACCUACGACGGGCCGGAGGCAAUAUUCUUUGAGAGAACCUUGAAUUUUCUUUCCACGCCUCUGGCCGGAGAGCGAGGGGCCCACAGGACAACACUGCACACUGUACAUCCAUCUACCCUGAGUUCACAUGCAGCAUCGCUCACUGUGUUCCUGCAGAACGGACGGACUCUGCUUCGUUUAUGCCAAGUUGAAUAAGUAUCUUUAUGUGGAAAUACACUAAAGCUCUAAAUGAAAAACACAUAGUGCCGUUAUACAAGAAGAUAAAUAUAUAAACGAGGUGUGAAAAUGAAGGUUGUGGUGUGAACACUGGUGUUUAAGAUAUAGAAAUAAAGGAACUGACAGAAAGAUGCAGAUCUGCAAGAAAAAGUGCCAAAAACAUGGAAGAAACUCUGAGGAUGAUUCUUUUGUGAACUAUUCCAUUAAUAGACACAACCGGGCUGAUGCUCCCUAAAUAUAGAUUCAGCUAUUUUCUCCCCCCCGAAAAGAGGACGAGUCCUCCCGUUCCUGAAAUCCUUCUGGAACUCGCUUCUCGCUGUCUAACAAAAGUUAAAAAUGAACUCCUCUCCUCAAACGUGUGAAAACAAACCGGGUGACGCUUUGUUUGGAUGAGCAAGUAAAAAAAGUUGCUAAAAAAAAGUAGGACGACAAGUCGCGAGGUGCUCAGCCACGUGACGCAUGAGACAGCAAAAAGCUCAGUUUCCAUCACACCUGCAUGGUCAGUCUGUCAGUUUGCCAUGUGCACACCCGAGCUUCAACCACCUCCUCGAGUAUUUGGUCCUGAAUCACUGAAGGAGCAGCUUUGAUAAAAGAAAAGAAAAUUUAAAACCUCUAGCCAUAUUGGUUUGAGCUUAAAUGUGCCAUUUACAACAAAAGAGGGAACUUCAAAUUAAUAUUUUAAAAAGUGUCUGUAAAUUAAAAGUUGACAUUUUCUAUGUAGAUGUUUAGUUUUUAUAGAGUCCACAGCUGAACUAGAACCAAUUCAAAUCACCACAUUACUAUGUUUCCUGCAAACUGAGCAUUGAAUCAUGACUGAGCUGAUUAUCAUCACGUGUGAUAUCUGUGUCUAACCAUUGUCCGGAGUCCACACACGGCGUCUUCGUACAGUUCUGACUUCCCCCAACCGUCCUCCCUCGCCACUGCACAUUUACAUCCAUGAUAAAAAACUGACCCACCAUGAGUUGUUCCAGCUGAGUUAACACAUCGAGUGAUUUGUACGGGAGCAUUUAACAGGGACUUGCUUUGACUGAUCACACUGGUAUUAAACGGGGUCCGGUCCGAUUUGUCUCACUUUGUGUCACUUGUACAAACAACGACUGGACGCAGCUAAGUGGACGAGUCACAGGAGUCGAUUAAGGUCAAAGGUUGUGGAGAAUUGAGAUUUAUUAAUACAGGAGAUGUUCAAUUCUUUCCCAGUUCCCCUUCUUGUAUGACAUGUAAAUAUUAAACUGAUAGAAAAAAAAACAAUGAAUCCUAAUAAAUGCACUUGUUUGACAUUUA